AUGGCGAUGAGAGUCAAGAUUAUGAAGAGAUGGGGAGGCUUUUGUCUCCCUCUGAGCGUGUGGAAGGAGUUCAUCUCUCAGACUUUGAAGCAGCCCACAGGCAAGGCCUUUCUGGAGAACCUAUUUGAGGCAGCUGCCAACACCCAGUCCGUUGACAUUUGUGAGGCACUGCUCGAACUAGGUGCCGAUCCCAAUAGGCUCAUGAUGACGGAGUCAUGUCAUGUACAGCGACCUAUUCAGUUGGCUGUCGAAUACUGGGUUGGUAAUGAGGAGUUUCUGCAGCUGUUGAUUCAUUUCGGAGCGGAUGUGAAUCUGGUUAGUGGCGAGGAAGACGCUUGCCCUGCCCUCUUCAAGGCGGCAAAAGAACAUACAUUGCAGUCUGUAAAGGCAUUGGUGGAUGCUGGAGCAGAUCUUUGGGCUUCAAUUGAGCACGAAGAGGUGAUGUAUACUGCUCUUGCGGCGGCUGUUGAGUCCGACUGGAGACACUCAUAUGAGUCGGACCACGACGAAGAUCAGCAGGAAGUGAGCUGUUGCAGGCGCGGAGUUGAAAUCCUAAGUUAUCUCCUACCUCAUUAUGAUAGAGAGGAUGACCACGAUAUGAUACAGAGUGCCCUAGUCAUGGCUGCCACGCGCGGGCGAAGAGACUUGGCAAUGAUUCUUCUAGACGCCGGCGCUGAUGCUAACGAGACAUCUAUUCAAGGGUACACUCCGCUCAUCUGUGCCGUGCACCACUCAUACAGAGCUGAGAUGGUAUUAAUGGCUCAGCUUCUCCUUGAAAACGGUGCUGAUCCUAAUAUGGGGACUUAUGAGUCCAGAGGCAUUGAUAUGGGACCCAUUCACCUUGCAGCGUCCAAGGGAGGAGAGGAAAAGAUGCUGAAGCUUCUUCUCAGUUACGGGGCUCAUAUCAACGCUCCGGCAUAUUCAGCUACAGACACCGAGGUAUCCCAAUUCUCGGGCUCAGAGGACGGUGACUCGGAUUUUGGAUGGCAUGGGGAGGGAAAAGAGAGCAGCACUGCCCUCCAGCUUGCCCUACUGCCCCCUACUUCAAGAUACAUGACCAAAUCCAGUAGGCCGGCUCUUCUUUUACUUCGAGCUGGGGCAAAUCUUACGGGUGGUGAGUUUGCCUCGGCGUCAGCAUUAAAUAGCAUCGAACUGAUGCAAGAACUUGUACGUCGAGGCGACGUCGAUGUCAAUGAAGUCGACUCGUCUGGCCGCAACGCGUUGGAAAUAUGCAUUAAGCACCAAUCCGUAGGCCUCUUCGAAUAUCUCAUCCAGGCCGGCACCAGCAUGGACCGACCGAAUCUGGUCAAAGAAGCCUGCAAAGGAGGGAAUCGCCAAAUCGUGAAACUUCUUCUCGAUCACGGUGCAGCCCUCCAGUGUGAGGGAAAUGAAGGAUCCCUCCUAGUUGCGGCGGCGAAAAGCAAGAACUGGGAGCUCAUGUCUUGGUUGAUAGAUCUACAGGAUCUUCCAUACAGCUCUCGCGCUCUCUGCGUGGCCGUGACCUCGGGCAUAGGUACUGAUCAAAGCAACGAAAUUCAUCUUGCCUCGCUACUAAGGAAACGGCAUCGAACCAAAACCGGCGAUAUCCUCGAAGGAACAGCGUUAGCAUAUGCAGCCUUCUGGAACCAAAAUUGGGUUACCGAUCGUCUGCUAAAGUUUUGGCACACUGGAGACUGCAUUCUACCCCUGGUUGAAGAUGUUGGCUAUUAUACUCUUAUAGAGGGACCCUACCAGCUUAAGCGGAGUUACGGAACACAGAGACAGUACUGGAAAGAUCCGAAUGCGAUUCGGUGUUCCAUCAUCCUUCCUUUUAUUUUGGCCAACGAUUGGCCGACUAUCCGAAGUUUGUUGGAUGCAGGCUACCGGCCAGACCGUCUGUCGUUGCUUGUAGCGACCAGGAGUCACCCUUUGACAGAAAUUCAGCGUCUCACCUCUCACAUGCACAUACGAGAUAUCAGUAGAGGUUCACGCGAAAAGUUAGAGACACCUCUCCAAGCAGCUAUCAGGUCACGGCGCCGCGAUGUUGUUGAACACUUUCUUAAUCUGGGCGUCGAUGUCAAUGCCUCAUCAACUACAUGUAGUCAAGCUCUCGGCUACGAAGAGGAGGAUAGGGUGAUCCCUGCUCGCACUGCGCUACAGCACGCGGUCGCACUCAAGGAUCUAUCAAUGAUAGACCUGCUUCUUGAUGCUGGCGCGAACGUAAAUUCUCCAGCGGCCGAGUUUAAAGGUGCCACGGCACUACAGAUCGCGGCCGCAACCGGGCAGAUAGGUCUUGCAAGGAGAUUGAUUGCCUUGGGCGCUGAUAUCGAUGCUCCAGGGGCCAAUUUCGGUGGGCGGACAGCAUUGCAGGCGGCAGCAGAGAGAGGUCGGCUAGAUAUGGUGCAGUUCUUAUUAGAAUGUGGCGUGUGUUCGGACCAGUACGAAACUGCCGUGGACAUCGCUUUGGCUCAUGGGUAUAUGGCCACGGUGGAAACCAUCCAGGAUUGGAUGUCUAGCGAAGGUAAAGAUGAGGGAAUUUAG